CUACAACACUCUACAAAAACUUACAACAAACCACAUACACCUUACAAAGUUCAGAUUUUAAUAUUUUUGCAAAACGGUAAUAUACUCGAUCAUCUUUGCAAAAUAAUAGUUUUGGAUUUCGAUUAAAAUAAAUAAAAAGCACAUGGCAAUUUUUGCAUUUUCUCAAUUAUUGUAUGGGCGUUCACACCCUUUUUCAGCUGGUCGCAUAGUGAACGAAGCAGAAACCUCCAGAAAUUCAUGACGGUGGCCAUCGCCCAUCACCAAUCACAGCAAAACUUAUGGCCCGUUAUUCAAUAAAGCUCCCAGAUCUCUCCCAUUCGAUAACUAUUUGUUUGUGUCUUAGAGAAAAAGAUAAAGUCCUUCACCAUGAAGAAUGAAGGAGGAGGUGGUUCAGGUGUAGCAAGUGCUGUGAAACCCACAAAUUUUGCGCUUCUUUCAGAAGGUUGUGUGUCGUAUAUUUUAUCACAAACCUCACCUCGCGAUGUGGGUAGAGCUUCUUCGAUUUCUAGGGGUUUCAAGUGUUUCGCUAAUUCCGACGCUGUUUGGGAGCGAUUUUUGCCGGCCGAUUACCUGGAGAUCAUUGCUCGAUCGGUUUCUCCGGUGGUUUACUCAUCCAAGAAAGAAUUGUACUUCCGUCUGUGUGAUUCGCCGAUCCUUCUGGAUGAUGGCAACUUGAGCUUCUACCUUAAUAAAAGGAAUGGGAAAAAAUGUUUUAUGCUAGGAGCACACGCGCUUUCAAUUGCGUGGCAAGACACUUUAGUUUUCUGGAGGUGGAGAUCUUUAACUGAAUCAAGGUUUUCAAAGGUAGCGGAGCUUUUAGCUGUGUGUUGGCUUGAAAUAAAGGGGAAUUUCAGAACAAAAAUGUUGACAUCAGCGACUAGUUAUGCAGCAUAUCUUGUGUAUAAAAUUGGAGAGAUCUCCCAUGGGCUUGACUUCACGGGGAAGACAUUGGUGAGACAUGUUGGUGGAGAUGAUGAUGAUGAUGACGUGGCGAAGACUACUGUUUACUUGAAACCACCAAAAACGGGUGGUGGUUUGCAGGAUGGGUGUAGAGAUGGGGAGGUGGUGAUGAUGAUGGGUGGGGGCCCACAGAGGCGGGUGGAUGGGUGGAUGGAGAUUGAGUUGGGGAGAUUUUAUAAUGGUGAGAAUGAGAUUGAUGAUGAAGUGAAGAUGUGUUUUAUGGAGACACGUGAGCUUCAUUGGAAAUCUGGACUCAUUGUUGAAGAAUCCAUAGAUACUAUCUUAGUAUAUUAUUAUGGAAGCAUCGAGAACACUACGACAGUAGUUUGGUUAGGCUACCCGGAGUGGACGUCUAUGAAGACGCGUGAUGCUGAUGUGGCAUGCCUGAAGACGCGUGAACACCGCCCCAAGGGCCGGUGUUCUUGGUGUGGCGUGAAUCGGAAGACGGAAGAAGACGGAGCUUUCUAUUGGUUGCUUCUUUUUUGCCCCCUAUUUCCGGUGGUUUUGCUUUUAAUCUAUCGAAUUUGA